CACGACGCGAGUACGCACCAAUAGUCAGCGGAAAAGGUCACACCUCCCAGACUCCCACUACAGUAGUAGUACUGCAAAGGAAACGGGAAUAUCCCGUCUUUCCGGCCACCCGGCGUGAGCCAAAGGAGGCAGGAUCCCGGCGAUGGCGGUUCCCGGAGGGGACGGAGAGGGGCGGGGGCGGCCGGUGGUGCUGGUGACAGGUUGUUCGGAGGGGGGCAUCGGGCACGCGAUGGCGCGCGCGUUCGCGGCGGAGGGGUGUGCGGUCGUGGCCACGGCGCGGUCGCGCGCGUCCAUGCGCGGGCUCGAGGGUGACCCGCGGUACCUGCUUCUGGAGCUCGACGUGCGUUCCGAAGAGAGCGCGCGCCGCGCCGUUGAGGACGCCCUGCGGGAGCUAGGCCGCGUCGACGUGCUCGUCAACAACGCGGGGGUCCACCUCGUCGCGCCGGUGGCUGAGGUGCCCAUGGAGUCGUUCCACCAGGUUUUUGACACCAAUGUUUAUGGAACAAUGAGGAUGAUUCAAGCAGUUAUUCCCCAUAUGAUGGAAAGAAAAGAAGGUACAAUUGUGAAUGUUGGAAGCAUUACAGCCUUGGCUCCAGGACCAUGGGCUGGUGCGUAUUCGGCAUCAAAAGCCGCUCUUCAUGCAUUGAGCGAUACAUUAAGGGUGGAACUAAGAAAUUUUGGCAUAAAUGUCAUGAUAGUUGCCCCAGGAGGUACAAAGUCAAACAUAGGAAGCAAUUCUGCAGACAAGUAUGAUCAAAUAAACGACUGGAAGUACUACAAAAAAUAUGAGAAAUCACUUCGAGCCAGGACGGAUAUAUCCCAGGGUGCCGGGUGUGUUACAGCAGAAGACCUUGCAAAGAGAGUCGUCAAAUUGGUUCUUAAGAAAAAUCCUCCUGCUUGGUUCGCCUAUGGGCAGUUCACUGCUAUUCUGACGAUCCUGUAUUAUGCCCCAUUGUGGUUCAGAGAUUACUUCUACAGGCUGGUCAUGAAAAUGUAAUCUGGAAGAUAGCUCUUGCGUGAACCAGAGAGAUUGCCCCCUCGGGUCCCAUUUUCAUUUCAUGAGUACUACUUGGUCUCUCGGACCCUCACUACAGAUAUACUGUGUUUCACAAUACAUGAGUACACACACUUCCAGUCCAUAUCCAUUUGUAACGUUCAGUCCAAGUGUAAAGUCCUCCCGGUUAUUAUGUAAUAAUGGUUAUAGUAACGUAAUAUUAUUCCGAAAUUUGUGGUU